AACUUUCUGGUAAUCAGAACAAUGAACUUGUAUUUUGCAAACAAAUACCAUCUCAAUCUCUUCCUAUUCCACUUACACUUCCAUACUUAGUGAACAUGGCAACUGAUAUGCAAGAACCCACCAUGUCUACUGACACUCAGGAUCUAGUCUCGGUUACCUUCACACACCAUGGCCAACCUCAUACCUUCCAAUUCCCCACCGAUGCCACUAUCUCAGACCUCUCAGAUGAUAUCGCCGACAGCUUGUCAAUACCUCCCUCGAACCAAAAGAUCAUGGUCUCGAAAAUUGGCCUCCUCAAACCUCCAUUCAAAGAUCCGAACCUCCCAAUCACCUCGAUAGCAGACAAGAAGAUCAUUUUGAUGGGAAGUACAGCGGAUGAAGCCUCCUCAAUAGCAGAAGCCGCCGAGCACACAUCUCGACGAGCAAUCCGACGAAGUAGACCAAUGCAAAAAGUCCAAGCGUACAAAUCCCACGACUGGAAGAAAGAGCAAGAAGAAAGCCAAUACACUUUCCUCACUCUCCGACCCUUGUCAUACCUCCCAAACCCCUCCAAGUCUCUACAGUUCCUGCAAAGGUUGAAAGACGAUGCGGGGAUCAAGGCAGCGAUGAGGAAACACAAGUUCACGGUCCCGCUGCUCACGGAGAUGAAUCCCGUCGAACACACGCAGUCCAACCAUGAAGGCACAACACGCACCCUUGGGCUGAAUCGAAAUGCGGGAGAGGUCAUUGAGUUGAGGUUAAGGACUGAUGCGUAUGAUGGAUACAGGGACUACAAGACGAUCCGGAAGACGCUUUGUCAUGAACUGGCACAUAAUGUACAUGGUCCCCAUGAUAGGAAUUUCUGGGAUCUGUGCAAGCAGAUAGAGAAGGAGGUUGAGGGAGCGGAUUGGAGGAGUAGUGGUAAGACAGUGGGGAAUGAUGAGGUUUAUGAUGGCAAUGGGGAAGAGGAUGUGGAUGAUCAUGGUGGAUGGACAGGGGGCGAGUUUGUGCUUGGUGCGAGUAGUGCUAGAGGUGCGGAGAGCACGGGGAAUGCGGAUACAGGGGGCAUGAGCAGGCGGGAGAUUCUGGCGAGGGCGGCGGAGGAAAGGAUGAAGAGAUUGAGGGAGCAGCAGCAGGAGGGUGGGGGAGGGCAGAGCAGUGGAUCUUCUUGAUGAGGAGAUGAGGACUUUACUUGCAUUUGAGCGUCGGCGUUAAAAGACCCGGAUUAUGGGAUACCGGUAUGAUUUUGGAAAUCCUUCUUUUCAAUGUAAUGAAAUUGCUUGUUUCAUCUUACGUCGCCCUUUUGCGUGUUCAUCAUUGGAUAUCGUGUCCUUGAGGAUGAGCAGUGCACUGUUUACACCCAUUUCCAGUCGACGAAGGCGGAAUUCUGAGUAGAGAAAUAGAAGCGGUAGAGACAGCGGUUUUAUUUGCACCUCACUGCUGGCUUACAAUUCCUCGAGCUCCCUUUUACGUCCCCUUGAACCAUGGUCCCUACCCCGUACCAGCAUUAUAACGUCA